AUUGUAGUUUUAUAAUCUCGCUCUCCUCUCGGAGUGUGGUCGACAAUGUGGAAGAGAUCGAGCUCGAGCUCGAGCUCGCAGCCGAAGGCUACGGGCUGUCUGGGCAGCAUGGACCAGGUCAGGCAGGUCUUCGGCCAGUACGACAAGAACGGCGACGGCAAGAUCUCCUGCGACGAGCUCCGGGAUGUCCUCUCCGCGCUCGGCCCCUCUCCCACCACCCGCGAGGAGGCCAGGGCCGCCAUGUCCGAGAUCGACAAGGACGGCGACGGGUUCAUCGACCUCGACGAGUUCGCCGAGCUGAUCCUCGGCGGCGGGGGCAGCCGCGGCGGAGGCGGGGGGCCCGAGUGCGGGGCCAAGGAGCUCAAGGACGCGUUCGACCUGUACGAUCUCGACGGGAACGGGGUGAUCUCGGCGGGCGAGCUGCACGCGGUGAUGAAGAAGCUGGGGCAGAAGUGCAGCCUCGGGGACUGCAGGAAGAUGAUAAGCUCGGUCGAUCGGGACGGGGACGGCAACGUCAACUUCGAGGAGUUCAAGAAGAUGAUGACGACGAGCAACGGGGCUCGGAGUUGACCGGCGCUGUUGGCUCUCUACCUUUGUACAUGCCAAAAGCCUAAGCAGUCGGAUUGACAAAAUAAAUCACUCAUUAUCACAGGCUUCUGCAAUACUUUUAGAGGAUCUCUGUCUCCGGUUGACAAAUGCAUUGUUAGCAUUCAAUGUCGUUGUAAUGGUUGAUGUCGCGCACCCGUCCUCUCCUCUUGCAGUGCUUUCUUUGCAUCCGGCAGUCAUAGCGAGCAAGGUCUUUUCUAAAGGUUGUUGCGUUGUGCCAACACAUGUCGCACACAACGUCGAGAUACUUCUUGCGACAUUCUACCACUUGCCUACUCGCAUGGACUUGUCUCAACAAUAGAACUCCUCCCUUCAAGAACUCGCCACUCUUGGCGAUGAGAAGGAGCUUGGCAACAUAAUAAGCUCCAAGGUGCCCGAUUCGCGCAGCCCUCUUCGAUAGCCCCAUUCGUAGGCCCGCCUUCACUAGACUUACAUACUUAUACUGCAACAUACGCAAUUUUUUUAUGGUCAAUUUCUAGCUUUGAACGAAAUUAUAGGGAAUAAAUUAGAAAGAAAAAUCAUGUAAUUAAAUACGUACUAGUCUUUGUGUCUAUAGCCUCCAAAUUAUCGCAUUUGAUGCACUUUUCAACGAAGGCAUUGCCUUCUUCGGGAUGCCACCACAAUAUCUUUGAAAUUUUGUCAAUUGAUAGUUAUCAAUAUAAGUAGUCUUCUUUAGCUAAUUUAUUAAAGAUCUUGCAACCGCAGGGACCAAAUAUUGAUGAGAACAAGAUUUCAUGAUAUACCUACUAAUAUUUAUCUAGCUUCCCAAUGGUGAAAAAGAAUUAUUUUUAGAAAAUGUUUCAUCUAUUAAAAACCAUAUCUACUUUU